AGUGACAGAAGAAGCAGUAGGACCCUUGCGUUUGUGUUUUGUUUUCCAGCCGAUAUGAUUUACUGACGGACUGUCACCGGCGGGCAGGUGUUUUAGCAAGGGAGGGGGAAAAACAACCAGGAAAAAACAAACAAAAAAACAAAAAACUAUGAAGUUUUCAUCCAGGUUUUAGGAAUUUAACACAAUCAAUCUUUUUCAGUCUUGUGUACGCCUAGUUGUUGGAGUUGUUUUUGUAAUAAUGGAGAGGAGUAAUGAGAGCUUUUGCAGUGAGGGAUGUAGUGACCCAUCCAACCUUGUCUCAGAAGAUGGAAAAAAUAUGAAAUCAGUGGUGUGCCAGCGUUGUGGAUCCAAAGUGCUCUGCCCGGGUAUGGCUGUAUUUGCAGAAAAGCAGCUAUUUCUGCCUUCAAUGCAAAAGAACAACAACGUUAACCAGACUGAUGGAACUUUAGACGGAGAUACGUUAACAGCUCACUGGCUGGUGGAUGAUAUGUACACCUUUGAGAAUGUUGGCUUCACCAAAGAUGUAGGCAAAAUAAAAUAUCUCAUCUGUGCUGAUUGUGAGAUUGGACCCAUUGGAUGGCACAACCUUGAUGACAAGAAAUGUUUCUAUGUAGCACUGGAUCGAGUUAAACAUGUGUAGAGUGUUUCAGCCUGUUUCGUACAAGAUCAUGCUACACGAUUUUCUUUCACUUGUUACACUUAGGGGUUGUUGUUUUUUUUUGCAUCGUUUUAAACAUACUUAUUUCAUCAGUACACGGGGAGUAGUGUUUGAUGCUGUAAAAUGUUUUGUUUUGCAUUUUAGAUGCAUUUAGUUUUCAUUCUUCAUAUUCUGUUCACUUUUAUUUGAAAUAUUCUUGAUUAAUACCCUGUUUUUCAUUCAUUAAGGACUCGUUUUCCUAAUAUGUACACGAAUACAGUAAAGUACUAACACAGUCUUGUUAUUAAAGGCAGUGGAACACAGCGUUUCAAACGAAA